UUUACGCCUGGUUAUAGUUUUUAUUUUUUAUACGGUCAGACGCAUUAUCAAUUGACAAUUAUCAUAUUUUAUCGCAGUCUAUUGUUAUUAUUAGUUAUUACCCAUUUUAUUGUGCGCUUUUUUUUUCGCUUAAAAAUUCUAAUCGUAAAUGUACUAAAUCGUAAUUUAUUAUACGCAAUGCUCGAAAAGGAGUAAAUGAACGGUCGACCGAUUUGUAUAUGACUGUGAACGAUGUUGAAAUCGUCGCCUUAAUUUUUAUACGCACCAAAAUAGUUUUGCAUAUGUGAUCGCGCGCUGUUUGUCGAUCAUCUCGCCUUCGUUUUGCUGUAUUAUAUAUUUUUUAAAUAUCGGGAGAGCAAUAUUGGAGGUCCGCAAUGAAGGCAUCGGUGUGUAUUCUAUUUCUUGUGCUUUGCGGCAUGGGAUUGAUCAAUGGCGACGACAAAGGAGUAUCAAAGAAUUCUUCCCAACCUACUGCAACUGACAACGAAGUUAAAAACGUUCCAAGUACAUUAACUACUUCCGAAAUGCCGACGAUCACGAUUAACGAGACAACAAAUAUGACCGAAAAAUCGACAGUAGUCACACCCAGUGAGCCAGUUUUGCCGAAAAAAGGAUCAGCUGAAGAAGAACGCAACAGUUCAAUCGCCAUAUUCUUUGUGCUCAGCGUUCUUGCUUUAGGCAUAUUGCUCAUUCAUCUUAUGUUGUCUACACAUUUUCAGUAUUUACCCGAAAGUGUAGUAAUUGUGUUUCUUGGUGCUGUUAUUGGUCUCAUUAUUAAUCUUAUGUCUGAACAGCAUAUUGCAAAUUGGCGUAAUGAAGAAGCAUUCUCUCCAACAGCAUUUUUUCUCGUCCUUCUACCUCCAAUUAUAUUUGAAUCUGGUUACAAUUUACAUAAAGGAAACUUUUUUCAAAACAUCGGUUCUAUUCUAGUGUUUGCUAUUAUUGGCACCACUAUAUCAGCUUUGGUUAUUGGUGCUGGUAUUUAUGUUCUUGGUCUAGCUCAAGUUGCUUACAAAUUAAGUUUUGUUGAAAGCUUUGCGUUUGGAUCAUUAAUUUCAGCUGUUGACCCUGUAGCCACAGUAGCUAUUUUCCAUGCGUUGGAUGUAGAUCCUGUGUUAAAUAUGUUGGUAUUUGGAGAAAGUAUAUUAAAUGAUGCAAUUGCCAUUGUAUUGACUACAUCAGUAUUACAGUCUAAUGGACCAGCUAUGAGUACUUCUGAAGCUGUAUUGACAGGCAUCAAACAGUUUUGCUUGAUGUUUUUUGCUUCAGCUGGUAUUGGAGUAAUAUUUGCCUUAAUCAGUGCACUGUUAUUGAAAUAUGUAGACUUGAGGAAAACACCUUCGUUAGAAUUUGCCAUGAUGUUAGUAUUCACUUAUGCACCUUAUGUUUUGGCUGAAGGCAUUCAUUUAUCAGGAAUAAUGGCUAUUCUAUUUAAUGGAAUUGUCAUGUCACAUUACACUCAUUUCAAUUUAUCAACAGUCACCCAAAUUACAAUGCAACAGACAAUGAGAACAUUGGCAUUUAUAGCAGAAACGUGUGUAUUUGCUUAUCUUGGACUAGCAUUAUUCAGUUUCAGAUUACACUUUGAACCAGCUUUAGUCAUUUGGAGUUUAAUUCUAUGUUUAAUUGGACGUGCUUGCAAUAUAUUCCCAUUGGCUUAUUUGUGCAAUAAAUUCAGAGAACAUCAAAUUACAAAACAUAUGAUGUUUAUUAUGUGGUUUAGUGGAUUAAGAGGAGCUAUUUCAUAUGCGUUGUCAUUACAUUUAGAAUUCAGUAACGAAACAAGACAUGUGAUAAUCACAACUACAUUAUGCAUAAUAUUAGUCACAACUUUGUUGUUUGGUGGUUCAACAAUGCCAUUAAUGAAGAUUUUACAAUCAUCAAAAGCUGGUAGAAGUACUCACCGCCGAAGAAAAGACAAAGCUAUAUCUCUUAGUAAAACAAAAGAAUGGGGGCAAGCAAUUGACUCUGAGCAUUUAUCAGAACUAACUGAAGAAGAAUUGGAAGUUAAUUUUAUUCAAUCAAGAAUCAGUGGAUUCGCUAAAAUGGACAUAAAAUACUUCAUACCAUUUUUUACUAGACGUUUUACACAAGAAGAAUUGAAAGAUUGUAAAACACAGAUGACAGAUUUAACCAAUCAAUGGUAUCAGGCAAUUCGUAUAUCACCAACUGCAUCAGAUGAUGAUAAAACUGCAAACAAUGGACAACCCCAGACAUCCAGCCGCCAAUCGAGUUGACAAUUACAGCAACCACCAGUUGUGAGGCAAAGUAAUAAUUUGUUAAGUGACAUUCAGAGCUUGUCUGCAUCGAGUUUACCACGUACAACCAGCCAACCGCAAUAAUUUUAACAACUUUACUAUUAAUGUACUUAAUGUAUACAAAAAAUAUAAAUAGAACUUAUUCCAACUAUUCUGAUAACUAGUUCACUAAUCUGCAAUGAUUAUUGUGAAUUAUGAUUUUCAGAAAAUUUGGUGUGAUUAAAAUGUACUUUAACACUUGAAGUCUGAUUAUAAACAACAAAUAUAAUUGCACAAAUUUAUACUGUUAAUGUUAUACUCUAGAAUAAAAAAAAAACAAGUGUGAUAGUCA